AUGGAGGAGUCGGACCUUCGCUUUCUGCAGGUGCAGAGAGCGGCCGUCGCCGACCCAGCACGAGCCUCCGAGUGGGCUGGAAAGAAACUCUGCUGGGUACCUCAUGAGAAGGACGGUUUCGUGGCUGGAUCCAUCAAAAAAGAGACGAACGAUGAGGUAAUUGUCGAGAUCUGCGAUACCGGGAAGACGGUCACGAUCAGUAAGGAUGACGUCCAGAAAGCGAACCCUCCCAAAUUUGACAAGGUAGAGGAUAUGUCCGAGUUAACAUACCUAAACGAGGCGUCCGUUCUGCACAAUCUCAAGGAGCGUUACUUUAGUUCUCUUAUUUAUACGUAUUCGGGUCUUUUCUGCGUGGUGAUCAAUCCAUACAAGCGACUGCCCAUUUAUUCGGAAAGUUUGAUUGAAGAAUUCAAAGGAAAAAAGAGGCACGAAAUGCCACCUCAUAUAUUCGCCAUUGCCGAUUCGGCGUAUCGUUCGAUGCUCCAAGAUCGCGAAGACCAAUCUAUUCUUUGCACGGGAGAAUCUGGUGCUGGAAAGACUGAGAACACAAAGAAGGUUAUUCAGUACUUAGCUCAUGUAGCUGGUGCAACACGAUCGAAAGGAGGACCGCAGCCAGCCGCCUCACCUGCAAAAGGUGAAUUAGAACAUCAAUUGUUGCAAGCGAAUCCUAUCCUGGAAGCAUUUGGUAACAGCAAAACAGUGAAGAAUGACAAUUCGUCACGUUUUGGAAAAUUCAUUCGCAUCAAUUUCGAUAUGUCUGGUUAUAUAUCGGGAGCGAAUAUUGAGUUCUAUUUGCUCGAAAAGUCUCGUACUUUACGACAGGCACCAGAAGAGCGGAGUUUCCACGUGUUUUAUCAGUUCUUACGCGGAACGACUCCCGCCGAAAAAGCAACAUAUCUUCUUGAGGAUAUUGAUAAGUACCGAUUUCUGGUCAAUGGUAAUAUCACACUGCCAAAUGUUGAUGAUGCGCAGGAAUUCCAAAGCACUCUCAAGUCUAUGCGAAUCAUGGGCUUUGCUGAGGAUGAGAUCACAUCGGUGCUGCGUGUUGUAUCAGCUACGAUUCUUAUGGGUAAUUUCGAGUUUACACAGGAGAAGAAGUCGGAUCAAGCGAUCCUUCCCGACGACAGAGUUAUCCAGAAAGUAUGCCAUCUGCUUGGCUUGCCGGUAAUCGAGUUGACCAAAGCCUUCUUGAGACCACGAAUCAAGGUUGGCCGUGAGUUCGUUAACAAGGCUCAGAAUAAAGAACAAGCAGAGUUCGCCGUAGAAGCGAUUGCAAAAGCGUCUUAUGAGCGAAUGUUCAAAUGGCUUGUCAAUCGUAUCAACAAAUCUCUGGACCGGACACGUCGUCAAGGAGCGUCCUUCAUUGGAAUUCUCGACAUUGCUGGUUUCGAAAUUUUCGAAUUGAACUCAUUCGAGCAGCUCUGCAUCAACUUUACAAAUGAGAAGCUUCAGCAGCUAUUCAACAACACCAUGUUUAUUAUGGAACAAGAGGAGUAUCAAAGAGAAGGGAUCGAAUGGCAAUUCAUCGAUUUCGGUCUCGAUCUUCAGCCAACUAUCGAUCUUAUCGAGAAACCUAUGGGUUUGCUGGCGCUGCUCGACGAGCAGUGUUUGUUUCCGAAAGCAACUGACAAAACGCUCGUCGAAAAACUCCAGAAAACUCAUAGCAAGCACCCCAAAUUUAUUGUCCCGGAUAUGCGUGCGAAGAGCGACUUUGCUGUGGUUCACUAUGCUGGUAGGGUAGAUUACUCCGCUGACCAGUGGCUGAUGAAGAACAUGGACCCUCUCAAUGAGAAUGUGGUCGCGCUCAUGCAAAGCUCGACGGAUCCAUUCGUAUGCGGCAUUUGGAAAGAUGCUGAAUUCGCUGGUAUCUGCGCAGCAGAGAUGAAUGAGACUGCUUUUGGUGUCCGUGCCAAGAAAGGCAUGUUCCGCACGGUGUCACAACUUCACAAAGAGCAGCUGACACGUCUGAUGACUACAUUGAGGAACACAAGUCCUCAUUUUGUGAGGUGUAUAAUUCCCAAUCAUGAGAAGAAGGCUGGAAAGAUCAACUCUAUGCUUGUACUUGAACAACUCCGAUGCAAUGGCGUGCUCGAAGGUAUUCGUAUCUGCAGACAGGGUUUCCCCAACAGGGUGCCAUUCCAAGAGUUCCGCCAUCGUUAUGAGAUUCUCACACCGAAUGUGAUACCGCGCGGUUUCAUGGAUGGAAAGGAAGCUGUGAAGAAGAUGAUAGAGUAUCUGGAAGUGGAUGCCAACCUUUACCGAAUUGGUCAAUCAAAGGUAUUCUUCCGAACUGGCGUCCUUGCUCACCUUGAAGAAGAAAGAGAUUUGAAGCUGACGGAUCUUAUUGUUCAAUUCCAAGCCCAAUGCCGUGCAUUCCUUGCCAGGCGUCUCUACGUGAAGAGGAUGCAACAGUCAAGCGCCAUCCGUGUGCUACAGCGUAAUGGAUUGGCAUGGAUGAAGUUGAGGAACUGGCAGUGGUGGCGCUUGUUCACCAAGGUUAAACCACUUCUACAAGUCACAAAUCAAGAAGCGGCCAUUUCUGCUAAAGAAGACGAGCUCCGUGUCAUUCGCGAGAAGCUGGAGUCUGUUGAGGCAGAAUAUCGUGACAGCUUAUCGAAGAUUGAUCAGGUGAUGGCAGAGAGGAAUGUACUGCAAGAUCAGUUGCAACAAGAGACAGACAACAAUGCAGAACUGGAAGAGGUUAAGAAUCGGCUUCAGCUCAAGAAGAAUGAACUGGAGGAAAUGGUUAAUGAAAUGCGCGAUCGUCUUGUUGACGAAGAACAACGAACGGAAAAGUUAGGACAAGAGAAGAAGAAGCUUGUUGAAACUGUACGGGACCUCGAGGAGCAACUCGAGCAAGAAGAGCAGGCUCGUCAGAAGCUCCAACUCGAUAAAGCGAAUGUUGAUCAGCGAGUUAAGAACGUAGAAACAAAACUGGUUGAUAUUACGGAUGCUCAUGACAAACUGCUCAAAGAGAAACGUAUGCUGGAAGAUAAGAUGAAUCAGCUCAAUGUGCAGCUCAGCGAAGAAGAAGAACGAGUAAAGCAAGUAGCUAGGCAACGAGGAAAGGUCGAAGGACAUGUUCAAGAGCUAGAACAAGAGCUACUCCGAGAGCGGCAACUUAAGAGUGAAGUGGAACAACAGAAACGAAAACUGAUCACUGAACUCGAGGACAGUCGUGAAUUGCUAGAAGAGAAGCGCAAUAAACUGGAAGAACUCAAUGGGCAGCUAAUGAAGAGGGAAGAGGAAUUGUCCCAGGUGUUGACAAGGUCCGACGAAGAAGCUGCGAACAUAGCGCUCCUCCAGAAACAGAUCCGCGACAUGCAGACAACGAUUGAUGAACUUCGUGAAGACAUUGAAACUGAACGAGCUGCUCGCAAUAAGGCUGAGAUGGCUCGCAGGGAAGUUGUUGCUCAACUUGAGAAAGUAAAGGGCGACAUGCUAGACAAGGUCGACGAAACGAGCGUUCUGCAAGAUAUCAUGCGAAGGAAAGAGGAUGAAGUCCGAGAUCUCAAAAAAGCUCUGGAAUCAGCUACUCAUGCUCUUGAGAACAAGCUCGAAGAGCAGAAGCAAAAGUACAAUCGCCAAGUUGAAGAGCUUCAUGAAAAAGUCGAGCAGCAAAAGAAGAUCAGUUCUCAACAGGAGAAAUUCAGACAUCAGUUGGAUAAUGAGAGGUUAGCGCAAGAGUUGGCUACUGUCCAAGCUCAAAAGGCGGAAGCCGAUAAGCGCCGAAAGCAUCAGGAAUCGCAAGUGCUGGAUCUUCAGUCCCAGCUCGCUGAAUGUGACGAACACCGUAUGCAGGCGCUUGAGCAACUCGAUAAAGCUCGUGAAGAGCUUGAGCAGCUCUGUCGUACUCGUGAAGAUGAAGAGCAGAUGGUGUCGAAUUUGAGCAGGAAAAUCGCUGCUCUUGAAGAACAGUUGCAUGAGGUUACUGAUCAAGUCCAGGAAGAGACCAGAGCUAAACUUGCCCAGAUCAAUCGCGUUCGUCAACUUGAGGAAGAGAAAGGAGCACUGCUUGAAGAGAGGGACGAGCUUGAUGCUGUUCGACAGCACAUGGAACGCGACAUUAUGACGAUACGCCAGCAGCUUGUCGAGGCACGAAAGAAAGCCGAUGAGGGUGUAAUGCAGCAAGUAGAGGAGAUGAGAAAGAAGCUUUUCAAAGUUUUGACCAAACCUUUUAAGGCUCAACGUGACUUAGAGAACUGUCAGCAUCUGCUUGAGGAGAGCGAACUCGGGAAGGAACGUCUCAUGCAAAGUAAGAAAAAGCUUCAACAAGAGCUCGAGGAUGCUAAUAUCGAAUUAGAGAACAUUCGUACGGCUUCUAGAGAAAUGGAGAAGCGACAAAAGAAGUUCGACAUGCAGUUGGCCGAAGAACGAGCCAAUGUGCAAAAGGCGAUACUUGAACGUGACGCCCACGCACAAGAGUCACGCGAUCGUGAAACGCGGAUUCUGUCGCUUGUCAAUGAACUCGAACAAAUGAAGGCAUCAAUUGAUGAGACUGAACGUGUUCGUCGUAUGCUGCAGUUGGAGUUGGAUGAAUCGAUUUCGUCCAAAGAUGACGUUGGCAAAAGUGUGCAUGAACUGGAGAAAGCGAAGCGUCAACUCGAACAAACGGUCCUAGAGCAGAAGGCUGCGAUCGAAGAACUCGAAGAUCAGCUCGGUUUUGCUGAAGAUGCGAGGCUCCGUCUCGAAGUGAAUAUCCAAGCCCUACGUGCAGAGCAAGAUCGUAAUUUGACUGCCAAAGAUCUGGAGGCCGAGGACAAACGUCGAAGUUUGGUGAAACAGUUGCGCGACAUUGAACAAGAACUAGAAAAUGAACGUCGUGGCAAAUCUGGCGCGAUCAGUCAAAAGAAGAAGAUGGAGGCUCAUAUCGCUGAAAUCGAACAGCAACUCGAUGUAGCGAAUCGGCUCAAGGAUGAGUACAACAAGCAGCUAAAGAAGAACCAGCAAAUGAUCAAAGAAUACCAACACGACAGUGAGGAGGCUCGGCAGAUGAAGGAAGAAAUCGCAUCGCAGCUGAGGGAUAUCGAGCGGAGGCUGAGAUCCGCUGAAGCCGAGAAUCAGCGCUUGUUUGAGGCUAACGAGAUGCUCACUUCCCAAAAGAGACAGCUCGAGCAGGAGAAAGACGAGCUGGAGGAGCAUCGUGGCCGAGGAGGCACAUUCUCAUCGGAAGAGAAACGUCGUUUGGAGCAGAAGUUGGCACAGUUAGAAGAGGAGCUGGAAGAGGAGCAAAACAAUGCCGAGAUAGCUAUCGAUAAGCAGCGGAAGGCACAGCAACAGUUGGAGCAACUCACCACUGAAUUGUCGAUGGAACGAUCAGUAUCUCAGAAGUCGGAAGCCGAGCGACAAGGCCUAGAGCGUCAGAAUCGUGAGCUGAAAGCAAAGAUAGCUGAACUCGAAAGCACAGCACAGUCACGAGCUCGUGCUCAGAUAGCUGCUCUUGAAGCGAAAAUUCAAUACCUUGAGGAACAAAAUAGUGCAGAAAGUCAAGAACGACAUAAUGCAACGCGGCAGUUCAGGAGAAUUGAAAAACGCCUUCAUGACACAAUUCUUCAGCUUGAGGAUGAGAGGCGAAAUGUGGAACAGCAGAAGGAAAUCGCGGAGAAAUGUAAUUUGCGAGCGAAGCAAAUGCGUCGUCAGCUCGAUGAGCAAGAAGAAGAGAUGACCCGAGAGCGUGCGAAAUCUCGAAAUCUCCAGCGUGAAAUUGACGAUCUCACUGAAGCAAACGACACGCUCACACGAGAGAACAACAACUUACGCGGUGGUGCGGCUAGGAGAAAUCGUGAGAAUAUUCGGCUCCGAUCGGCAUACCAAAUACCCGGAUCUAGUGACAAUUUGACUAGAAACGACGAUGAAGACGGUAGCAUAGGAACUGAAGUUACCGGUUCCGAUCAUACGGACGAGCUCAAGAAGACGGCCGUCUAG